CCGUCCCCCAUGACUAUCCCAACUCCAGAGUCUCCAAAACGUCCUGGCUAAAGUCAGUCGGGAGGUUGCGGGGCAUUUAUCUUCUAUGGGGCUUGGACCUGAAGCAGUAGAAAGGAUUUACCAGUGUCUCGUUCUCAACACCAAAGGGGGGAAUCAAUUGCGAGGUCGAACACUCGUUGACGCUGGAUUCGUACUCAAUGGCCAUGAUCUUUUGCCUGCCCAAAGAGAGGAUCUCGCAGUGCUCGGAUGUCUAAUUGAAUUCUUCAACGCGGCAUAUCUAAUGUGGGAUGAUAUCAUGGAUGGAUCCACAACCAGACGUGGUCAGCCAUGCUGGUACCUCCGAGAGGACGUUGGCAUGACAGCUAUCAAUGAUGCCUGCCUCCUGAAGUCUGCAAUCUACGUUAUUCUGAAGAAACGCUUCCGGAAUCAUCCACGUUAUCUAGAACUUCACGAAUUGUUCGAAGAGGCUUCUCUCCGGACUGAACUUGGACAACAUUACGAUCUAAUGGCUACGGCAAAACUGCUGAAAUUGGACCAGUUUUCUUGGGGCCAAUAUGAGUUCAUCACUGCCCAUAAGACAGCUUUCUAUACUGUCUAUCUCCCUAUGGCCAUUCCUCUGGUAUAUUUUGACCUCGCCACCCCCGAGAAGCUAAGUGAGCUAUACGAGACAUCAAUGCUGUUGGGCCACGUCUUUCAGGCACGGGAUGACUUUCUGGAUGUCUAUGGUGAUUCGUUGGUUACGGGGAAGAUUGGGACCGACAUUCAGGAGAAUAAAUGCAGCUGGUUGUCUGUUUCUGCCUUGGAACACUGCAACGAAAAGCAAAAGAAGGAACUUCUGAACUGCUACGGAUCCAAGAAUGAGGAUGAUGUUGCUAAGGUAAAAGGCCUCUUCCAUGACCUUAAAUUGUCCAAAACCUUCAACGACUGGAACCAGGAGAUGUUAAAGAAGAUUGAUAUCACGGUUGAGGGAAUUACAGAUGCGGCUUCAAAGGAGGUGGUCGUCGCUUUUCUGUCCAAAUACAAUCGAGAUCCUCGAAGAGGCUUGCCACCGUCUGUCGAAAAGCAUACAUGUACUAGUUAAUUUACUCAUUAUUUGGCUUGCCCAGGGAAAAAGUGCAAUUGCAUAGAUGAAUGGCAUUGGUAGGCUUUUAUUGGUACAAAG